AUGUCCGCCACAGAACCAACAAAGGAAAAGGUCCCAGCUGCCGCUGGGGACGACGAUGAUGAUGAAGACAUCGACCAGCUCAUCCUGGACUUGCAGUCCGACAAGGGUGAGGAGGAUGACGAGGAAGCAUCUGACGAGGAGCACUCCAGCUCCUACAAGGCAACUCCUGAGGAGCUGCUCCAGACCGACCCAACUCGUGGUUUGACCAGCGAUGAGGUUAUUAGACGUCGUAAGAAGUUCGGUGAGAACAAGAUGGCUGAAGAGAAGGAGAACUUGGUCAUCAAGUUCUGUAUGUUCUUCAUUGGUCCUAUUCAAUUCGUCAUGGAGGCCGCUGCCAUUCUGGCUGCUGGUCUUGAGGACUGGGUCGAUUUCGGUGUCAUUUGUGGUUUGCUGAUGCUUAACGCCUCCGUUGGUUUCAUCCAGGAGUUCCAGGCCGGUUCCAUUGUCGAGGAGCUCAAGAAGACCCUUGCCAACGUUGCCACUGUUAUUAGAGACGGUCAGCCAGUCGAGGUUGGUGCCGCUGACAUUGUUCCAGGUGACAUUCUUCAAUUGGAGGAUGGUACCGUUAUUCCUGCCGAUGGUCGUUUGGUUUCUGACGAGUGUUUCUUGCAAGUCGACCAGUCUGCCAUCACCGGUGAGUCUUUGGCCGUUGACAAGCACUCUGGAGACCCAACUUUCGCCUCUUCCACCGUCAAGCGUGGUGAGGCUCUCAUGAUCGUUGUUUCUACUGGUGACAACACCUUCGUCGGACGUGCUGCCGCUUUGGUCAACAAGGCCUCAGGUGGUACCGGUCACUUCACCGAGGUGUUGAACGGUAUUGGUACUAUUUUGCUGGUGUUGGUUAUCAUCACCUUGUUGCUCGUCUGGGUUGCCUGUUUCUACAGAACCGACAAGAUCGUUAGAAUCCUUCGUUACACUUUGGCCAUCACCAUUGUUGGUGUCCCAGUUGGUUUGCCAGCUGUCGUUACCACCACCAUGGCUGUCGGUGCUGCCUACCUCGCCAAGAAGCAGGCUAUUGUCCAGAAGCUCUCUGCCAUUGAGUCCCUUGCUGGUGUCGAAGUUUUGUGUUCCGACAAGACCGGUACCUUGACCAAGAACAAGCUUUCUUUGCACGAGCCUUACACCGUUGAGGGUGUUGAGGCCGACGACCUGAUGUUGACUGCCACCCUUGCUGCUUCCAGAAAGAAGAAGGGUUUGGACGCCAUUGACAAGGCCUUCUUGAAGUCUUUGAUCAACUACCCACGUGCCAAGGUUGCCCUCACCAAGUACAAGGUGUUGGACUUCCAGCCUUUCGACCCUGUUUCCAAGAAGGUUACUGCCUACGUUGAGUCUCCAGAAGGAGAGAGAAUUAUCUGUGUUAAGGGUGCCCCACUUUUCGUCUUGAAGACCGUUGAGGAGGACCACCCAAUCCCUGAGGACGUUCACGAGAACUACGAAAACAAGGUUGCUGAAUUUGCUUCCCGUGGUUUCCGUUCGCUUGGUGUUGCCCGUAAGAGAGGUGAAGGUCACUGGGAGAUUCUCGGAAUCAUGCCAUGUAUGGACCCUCCAAGAGAUGACACUGCCAAGACUGUUUCUGAGGCUAGACACCUCGGUUUGAAGGUUAAGAUGUUGACUGGUGAUGCCGUUGGUAUCGCUAAGGAGACUUGUCGUCAACUUGGUUUGGGAACUAACAUUUACAACGCUGAACGUCUCGGAAUCUCCGGUGGUGGAGACAUGCCAGGUUCUGAGAUUGCUGACUUUGUUGAGAACGCCGAUGGUUUCGCCGAGGUUUUCCCUCAGCACAAGUACAAUGUCGUUGAGAUUUUGCAACAGCGUGGAUACUUGGUUGCCAUGACUGGUGACGGUGUCAACGAUGCUCCAUCUCUGAAGAAGGCUGACACCGGUAUUGCCGUCGAAGGUGCUUCCGAUGCUGCCAGAUCCGCUGCCGACAUUGUUUUCCUUGCCCCAGGUCUUUCUGCUAUCAUUGAUGCCUUGAAGACCUCGCGUCAAAUUUUCCACAGAAUGUACUCCUACGUUGUCUACCGUAUUGCCCUUUCCCUUCACUUGGAGAUCUUCCUUGGUUUGUGGAUUGCCAUUUUGGACGAGACCUUGAACAUUGAGCUUAUUGUCUUCAUUGCCAUUUUCGCCGAUGUUGCUACCUUGGCCAUUGCCUACGACAAUGCUCCUUACGCUCCAAAGCCAGUCAAGUGGAACUUGCCAAGACUUUGGGGUAUGUCCAUCAUCAUGGGUAUCAUUUUGGCCAUCGGUACUUGGAUUACCUUGACCACCAUGUUUGUUCCAAAGGGUGGUAUCAUCCAGAACUUCGGUUCCAUUGACGGUGUUUUGUUCUUGCAAAUUUCCUUGACCGAGAACUGGUUGAUUUUCGUCACUCGUGCUGCUGGUCCAUUCUGGUCUUCCAUCCCAUCGUGGCAAUUGUCCGGUGCUGUGUUCAUCGUUGAUAUCCUUGCCACUAUGUUCUGUUUGUUCGGCUGGUGGUCUCAGAACUGGAACGACAUCGUCACCGUUGUCCGUGUCUGGAUCUUCUCUUUCGGUGUCUUCUGCUGCUUGGGUGGUGCCUACUACCUGAUGAGUGAGUCUGAAUCUUUCGACAGACUCAUGAACGGUAAGCCAAUGAAGGAGAAGCCUCCUCAGAGAACCGUUGAGGACUUCUUGACCUCCAUGCAACGUGUUUCUACUCAACACGAAAAGUCUGGUUAG